AUGUUCUCAUCAUGGACUGCACCUUCCUCCCGAGCCUCUUCGCCAUCUCCUGCAUCGUCACCUUCGUCUCCAACGUCGUUCCAUGAUGCGCUCACGACUUCAUCUUCACCUUCAUCGUCCCCAACUUUGUUCCACGAUGCUUCCUCGGCUAUCGAAGCGGACUUCCCACCUCGAGCAGUUUUAUCGACAACAAAGUCGCCUUCGUCGACAACAGAAGCUCCAGCCGACGAUGCAGUGUCCACAACAUCACAGGAAGCAAUCACGGCCAACACGAAGACAGAAGAAAAGGUUCGGCUCGUCACGACCAGGCAGCCUUUGCACUUCUUCGAUUUCCCGCAAGAAAUUGUGGAUCACAUUCUUGGGUAUGCGUACCCGGAGGAAGACCUCGCCAAAUUCGUGGUCAAGGAAGACUGGGAUGAGGAGGAGAUGGAGCGCAAGCGGAUCAACUUCGCAUACGAACUGCGACCUUUCCCACCACGAAAAGUGUGCGACUUCAUGGUUUCGAAGAAGUUCUUUGCAUGCGCCACAGCAGCAUGGGUUGGCAAUCAAGAGUUCAUCCACCGCUCGGCACGUCCGGCAAGCAGCAGCAACUCUAUCUUUGAUGGGCUCGGCACUUGGAGAACCCGGCGCACACAUUUCGCAAUCGUGGAGCGCCUGUGCAAAAGACUCACUACACAGUUCCGAUCGGUACUCACCUUGGACAGGCUUCCGAAUCUGAGUCGUCUUACACUCCGGGUCGGAGCCGAUUCCUUCCAAGUGCUGGAACCACGAUUCGCGUGGCAGUUUGCGCUCACGGAGGAAGACCUUGUCAAGGUUCUCGUCGAUUGCAAAUACAUUACCCGGCUUUCUGGAUUGACACACCUUGCGUUGACACCUGCGGAUAUCAAAUACGCCACCAGCAAGCAACAGAAGUCGCUAUGGAAGACGAACGUCUCGGCGUUAGAAAAGGCGCUCAAACCAUUUGUCUUGACUCCAUUAGCCUUGCACAAAUUCGAUCCCGAGCUCAAGACGCAUCCUGCAGGCUACCCCGUGCAGCAGGCUUUCGGGUUCCAGCGCCUGUGGAAAGCUUUCCUCGAGAGCGAAAGACUUGGGCACGGCGGGCAGGAAGACGAAUCUUCUUCCGAGGACAGUGGAGCGGUACAUACCUCCAUGGCGAUCGCCAAGCUGGGGUUCACCUUUCCGCGUGCUGAAAGCGCCUCGAAUGAGCAUGAUCCCUCGAAGCAAGACAAGCAGGACGGCGUCAGCCGUGCAGAUCUUAUCACAAUGCUCAACGCAGAUCUCAAAGCCGCAUCAUUCUACGGAUGUGGGCCUGCUUUGACCUCACUCACCGAUGAGAUGCCCCGGCUGUCAUCACCUCCGGGACAAAGCUUGUGCAUGGAAGUCAAGCAACACCCAGAAGCGGUCUUUCGCGGCGGCGACGAGGAGUCCAUCUGUCGAAUCAACACAAGCGUCGGCGCCGCGUCUUUCUUCCAGAACGAACUCCCAUCCAUGUCCAUGAACGAGCUGGGCGUAAUAACCGACAGCGCCGAUUUCUCCAAGCAAAUUAUGGACGCCGAACUCACCGAGCUUCCUGCCGAGAACUUUGCAAAUAGCGAAGCUGCCCAGCAAGUCUCGUCUGGUCUGGCCGAAACCCGCGAGCACGGUAAUCGGCGUCUCGAUAACUUCUUUCUCCAAGAAACCUGCAUGGAUGGUCCGUCUGGCCUGCCAACCAUUCUCCAGUCGAAGUCAGUCAUCCGCAAAGACGGACCAGUCACCACUAUGUUCAGUGACGCCGGCAAUGGUGACUGCAUCUUUCCCUGGAGCCCCUGCAGAGACUGCGAGAUGGCCAAGCAAUCUCUGCUCUCUCGUCAAACCAGCACUAAUGAGCCCAGCGUUGCCAGUCUCGCAAGCUCCAUGGAACCUGAGCAGAGCAAUAGCCUCGCUGUGUCGGAACUCUCGGGCGAAGUCUGCGAUCAUCCCACCAGCCCCGCCCCGUCCAGCCACCAGCAUCUGGCCGAUAUCUCGAAGGGGCCAGACACGCACGCGACGACUACAUCCACUUCCGAUGCAGCAGCGUUGGCAUCAAAGCAGGAAGCCAGCGUCAAGUCGCCGUCAAAGCCAACAGCCGCCAUGUCUUUGAUUGAAGAGCAGCGCACAAGCAGCCCACGCUUUUCCAUAUUACCGCAGAAGAAAGUGGACAAAGUCUCCGAUUUUCUCGCGACUCUUCCACAUGCCAUGUCUGUUCUGGCCUCUCCAUCGAAUGCAAGCGCUUUUGGUCUCGUCGAGCACAGCGAUGUCGUUGACAUACUUAGACCUCUGGCUUUCACGAUGUCAUCAUCACCGGUCCGUCGAGAUAGCAUCAAGUUCGUCAACGGGCGCAUCUAUGCGAAGGCUCGUGCGGAAGCUCUCCGGAGGCAGACCAACCUCCAAAACAUGGCGAUUCAGUUUUAUCAAACGACGAGUGAAGCCGUUGAGGUCUUUCAAGGCUCAAGUGGACCAUCCGGGCAUGUUGAAGAAGCUCUCACGAGUGCCACGAGUCCCGCACAGGCUCCUGCAGAGCCUAGUAACAUUGAUGAAAAGGCCUCGUCUCACAGCGGUGGUCAAGCUCUCAGAAGGGACGAGGCCGAGGGUAUCCGAUACUCAGAGGCUGACGAAAUUUGCAUCGAUGGAGAACUCUUGUGGUAUCUGAUUCAGCCAAAGCUGGUGGAGCGCAGAUGGGUCUAUCCAGAAUGUCACAACAGGCUUGCACUUGACCUAGAAGCUAUGAUGGUGAACGGCAAAGACAAGGCAGCCGUCCGUGAGGUGCUGCUGAAUUGGCUGGGGACGGGCCCAUAUGCUCCUACCGGGGCUGCCAUCGAUGAAUUUGUUCGUUGGCUGUUCGACUUCGUCAAGUCCCAUUCUGCUUAG